AUGCUGAUCCGGAGGAUUGCAUUGACAGAGCAAGAGGCAGAGUGGUUUCGAAGAGGAAAUCCCAAGAGCAUCAAUCCCCUAUUGUGCCUCAAUGAACAAGCAGAUCUUCUGCCAUAUGAUGAACGUUGGGAAUUCCCGGCUGAGAGACUAAGACUAGGGGAUCUGAUGAUCAUCCUGGAGUACUGUCGACAUGGGAGUCUUGAGCGGUUUCUUAGAAAAUAUCGACCAUACUUUAAGAAUGGGAUUGACCUUGGCCCUGACAUUAAAUCCAGGAAUGGAAAGCAGCUUCAUCACACCGAUGCUCACCCUCUUCCAAAUAUUGCAUUUGGAGGAAAACGUCUGCAAAUAAUGGAAAUGUCAAUUAGGAAGAAAGAAGAGUUCUAUGAAGACGAAUACCAUUCCAUGACCUUCACAAGGGACGAUCUUGUGUCCUGGGCGUACCAAAUAUCUCAAGGCAUGGAGUACUUGUGUUCCCAAAAGGUGUGGUACUUCUAA